AUGACCACCCAAGAUGAGCACAAGAUGAGGGAGUCAUGCGAGCAGGCGAGGCGCAUUGACCCGGCGAUUAGCGAGGCGGGAAUGGCUUUGUGCGACCGGCCGGCCGACCGACCGACCGACAAGACAGACAGACAGACAGACAGACGCAAGGCCCCGGAAAUGGGGUGGGGCGUGUGGGCGUCUCUAGAUGCAGGUGGCGAUGGGCUGUCUCACGGGCCGCCUGCCAUCGCAGCCGCCGCCGUGGCCAUCGAGGCCAUUGCCGGUGGGGGGCUUGCUUGGGUGCUGCUGCUGCCGGCAGGCACUGAUGCUGCUGUGGGGGCUUGCUGCGAUGAGGCUCGCGAGUACUUUGUACGGAAACAGAGAGACCACACACGCCCGUACUGUAUCGGGGUAUGA